AUGGCCAAUGGGUGGAUAUUGUUACCGGGAUCGUCACACUUCCGAAAUGUGAACCAGUGUGAUGUGUUCUCGACAACGGGCCGGGUAUUCGGAGGUGCGAAAGCCGCUCCCGACCAGCUCCCUUGGCAGGUGUUGAUCACCAGCAGCGCGGGCCUGGGAGGGGGAGCUCUGGUGGGGGACGGGUGGGUUCUGACCGCCGCUCACGUCCUACGUCCGGGGGUCUUGUCCACCGUCCGGUGAGGAACGACGGAACGGUCGGACAGAAUGGAAGACCUCAGGGUCCGGAAAGUCCUCACCCACCCGGGAUUUCGCCAUCGAGACAAGGGACCUACCGCAGACUUUGACAACGAUAUUGCUCUAUUGCAGCUGGUUAAGCGUCCCAGAUUUCUGGAGGGUCUAUCCCCUCUCUGCAUGCCUCGGGCCGGGGAGGAUGGGGGGGAGCCAGACAUCGGGAAAGUGGGCUUGGUAGCGGGCUGGGGCCUUACAGGACGUUCCAAAGGGUAUACGGUCCCGGAGUUUCUCCACGUCAAUGUGCCGGUGGUGGACAUAGCGCGGUGCCGGGGGGCAAAGUACGGGAGCAAAUUCACUGAUAACAUGCUCUGUGCCGGAGAGACGGGGAGAGAUUCGUGUCGGGGAGAUAGCGGGGGGGCGCUGGUCUUCCAGGGGAGGGGGGGGGAGUGCGUGGCGAGAGGAGUGGUGGGCAAUAGGGAGUGGGAGGAGGCAGGGGAGGAAGAAGAGGAGGAGGAGGAGUGGGCUUGA